GCCGGCGCUGGUUACAAAACAUUAAAAGGCGCCAACUUGAUGUGUUACUCAAUUACCGCACACGACUUUCAGCUGAGGAGCUUUUUAUCCAGAAUAAUAUUAAAAAAACUCACUUUUUGACGGACAUGGAGACGAGACGUCUAAAGCACCAACCUGCAGAAAAGCAGGAGGCGACCCCGGUCCAGAUGAAGGGAGUCCGCACAUCUCGACCAGUCUUGGCACCCAAACGCCUUCGAUACUCCCCUGCUGCUCCCCCGCCACCCAGGAGACAGGUCUCUAAAAAGCGCAACAUAGAAAACGAGGAGGACGAACAAGACGAUGCUUCAGUUCCGGAAAACGACAAGAAAGUUACAAAUGACAAAGGACUUUCAGCUUAUGAAUUGGAGCGUUUGGAAAACAUCAGGCAAAAUCAAGCCUUCCUCUCUGCUAUCAAUCUGUUUCAGGCUUCCGAGGAGUUGAAACAGUCGUCGGCGAAGCGGCAGCCAUCGCAGAGGGGUCUUGCGAGGUCACAUGCAGAGGUCAAAGAAGUGCCGCCGCCUCGCAAGUCCCUGCGUCUCCAAAACAUAACAGCACAGGUCCUGACCCUUCCCCCAGAACCCAGCAGCAUGAGUGUACCAGGACCGGAUGUGUGGGCCAAGAAGCCUGCAGGGCCUCUGUCUAUGGAGCCUGUCAACAUGGCCGAAGGAAGCAAACUGCCACCUCAGCUUCUCCAGCUCUGCUCUGAUGUGGUCUCGCCAAAAGAAAUAGGAGAACUUAAUUUGUCAAAGUACUGCUCCACGCUGGGGAAGAUGAGGAUCAGUGAAGACCGAGUGGCCAAAGUGGUGAAGGACCGCAUCUUCUCAGCAGCCUUCCACCCUUCUUCCACAAGUCUGCUAAUGGCCGCUGGCGACAAGAAAGGGAAAGUCGGCCUCUGGAGUUUGGGUGAAGACUGGGGAGAUGAUGGCGUUCUUCUCUUUGAGCCCCACAGUCGCCCGGUGGGCUGCUUGGCUUUCUCCAGGGCGCAUUCCACACAGCUGCUGAGUCUCAGCUACGACGGAUCCCUGCGCUGCAUGGAUGUGGAGAAGGCUGCCUUCGAUGAGGUGUACAACGUUGAAGAGGGCCUGAAAACCUUCGACUUCCUGUCACAUGACUGUUUGACCCUGGUGGUCGGGGACUGGUACGGAAAUGUUGCCAUCGUGGACAGACGUACCCCAGGAACCUCACACGAGUCUUUCCACUCGCUGGACCCCAAGGUUUUACGCUGUGUCAGCGUUCAUCCUCUACAGCAGCAGUACUUUGUAGUGGCAAAGAACAGGGAGGUGAGCGUUUAUGACAGCCGAAGUCUGAAGAAGAAUCAAAGCCAGCCCGUCUGCCAGCUGAGUGGUCACUCUUUAAGCAUAUCCAGCUGCUUUUUCUCACCCUGCACGGGCAACAGAGUGGUCACCUCUUGCAUGGACAACCACAUAAGGGUCUAUGACACGUCUUCCCUGACCUCUGAAGCCCCUCUGCUGACGUCCAUCAGCCACAACAUGAAAACGGGCCGCUGGCUGUCCAAGCUGUCGGCCGUGUGGGACCCCAAACAGGAGAACUGUCUCAUAGUGGGAAGCGUCUCCUGGCCGCGCAAGGUGCAGGUGUUCCACGAGAGCGGCCGACUCUUACAGUCCUUCAAAGACGACGAGCUCCUCCACACCGUGCAGUCCGUCACCGCCUUCCACCCCACCAGGAACGCAUUCCUGGGCGGCAACGCGUCAGGACGCCUGCACCUCUUCUCUGAUUGACCCCAUUAAAACACAAAUUGUCAAUCUCUGGGAAACACUCCAUACUAAAAUCUAACACUGUGUACUUCUUCGUUAACACUAAAAUUAAACAUUUUUAUUCUAAUAACUGCA